AUGAAACAAAAAUCAGCUGAUGUUUCAGAUUCUGAAGAAGAGUUGGACCCAGAAACUCAUAAAAAGUCAUUGGAAAAGCUUAAAAACAUUGAUCCUGACUUUUAUAACUUUUUGGAGGAAAACGAUGGAAACCUUCUAAACUUUGAUGUGGAUUCUGAAGAUGACAACUCCGAUAAAGAAGAUGCUACUGAGGAAACUGUACAUAAGCCUGGACCCCUUCGAGGAGACAGUGAUGAAAGUGAUUUUGAGGAUGAAGAUCAAAAGCCUGUUAAAGGUAAAAUCAGUCUUAAAAUGGUUUCACAAUGGCAAACAGAACUGCAAUCAGAAGGCAAAAUCAAACUGGUAACUCUCACUUCUGUUAUCAAAGCUUUUAAUGCAGCUAUGUUAAGAGUGACCAGUGAAGAUGGUACAUCUAAAGGGGAAUAUAAAGUCGAAGGUUCAUCAGUGUUCAAUGCAGUCAUACAAAUGUGUGUUCUGUAUUUACCUGCAGCUAUAAAGAAAUACCUUGGUAUGGAAGCAUCAGGAAAAGAUCCACAAAAGUGCAAGCAUUUUGUCAAAAUAAAAGGCCCACUUUUAUCAUACCUCAAUGAUCUGUUAAAACUACUUGGUGGUGUUACAUCUGAAAACAUACUGACAGUACUUCUGAAACAUUUGCAUCAAAUGUGUGUUUACGUCUCAUGUUUUGGUAGAAUAUCAAAACAGGCAUUAAAAAAAUUGAUAACCUUGUGGAGUACUGGAGAGGAAACAGUUCGAGUUUUGGCAUUUCUAAGUAUAUUAAGAAUAACAAGAAAUCAACAACAAAAUCUCCUUGAUCUUGUGUUAAAGGCAAUGUACAUGACCUAUGUCAAAAACUGUAAAUUUGUAAGUCCUUCAACUUGGCCUGGAAUCAAUUUCAUGAGAAGGUCUCUUGUUGAAAUGUUUACAUUGGACUUGAAUGUCUCAUACCAACAUGUGUUUUUGUACAUCAGACAGCUAGCUAUACAUUUAAGAAAUGCUAUAGUGGUGCAAAAAAUUGAAAACAGACAAGCUGUUUAUAACUGGCAGUUUGUUAAUUCUCUUCACCUAUGGGCUAAUUUACUGUCGGUUACAUCAAAUAAGCCUCAGUUGCAACCACUGAUAUAUCCUUUGGUGAUGAUCAUAACUAAUACCAUAAAGCUGGUGCCAACUCAUCAAUAUUACCCUCUGAGGUUUCAUUGUCUUGAGAUUUUGAUGAAUCUGGCCAAGGAAUCUGAUACAUUUAUACCAAUUUUACCAUUUCUUGUUGAGGUUUUAACAUCCUAUGACUUCAAUAAGAAACACAAGAAAGUUUCCAUGAAACCUUUGGAUUUUUCAUGUAUAUUAAGGUUGGCCAAGUCCCAACUGAUGGAAAAUGGAUUUAAGGAUGCAGUCAUUGAACGUUUAUAUGCUCUUCUAUUGGAGUACACUGCAAAUGUGUCAUAUAGCAUCGCUUUUCCUGAUAUCACACUUCUUGCUGUUGUUCAGAUUAAACAAUUUCUAAAAACGUGUUCUGUUACAAAUUAUACAAAAAAAAUGAGACAACUACUAGAGAAAAUUGAAGAAAACUCGAAAUUCAUUGAGCGAGAAAGAUCUAAGAUAACCUUCGCCUUAAAUGAUGAGAAGAUGACAACUGCUUGGGAGACGAGCAUAAAAACAAAGGGAACUCCAUUGUUGACGUUCUUUGAAAAUUGGAAUAAGAUAAAUAAGAUACAGAAACGCAAAAAGAUAACAAAGAAUGACGAUCUAGCUGGAACAUUACCUAUGAUUAAGAGGCCGAAAAUAUCAGAAGAGUUAAAUAAAUCCAAUAAAGAAAAUAAGGGGCCCUUAGUUCUGUUCCCCUCAGACAGUGAAGAUGAUGAUGAUCAUUUCAAAGUCGAUGAUGUAGGUGCAGUUUCUGUGCCCAAAGUGAAGAAACAAAAGAAGAAGAAAGAAAACAAGAAAAAAACGAAAACCAUUAAAGCAGCAACCAAUGAAAGUGAAGACGACACUAUCGACAACAAAGAUGAUAUUGUUCAAGACCUAAGUGUUAAUGAUUGGUAA